AUGUCCGAAUCAUCGGCUGUGAGGCCCCUCUCGAUGAAGAGCCGUCAACUGCCGUCAGACGAAUCCUCCGUGCGCCUGAAGGCACGGGGUCGCGUCAGUGAACAAACCUGUAAGCAGGACCGGGCACGAACCCGGUCAGGCUCGAUUCGCUUCUAUGCCCUUGUUUUCCGCUGUGUAAAUAGAGAAAAUAGAAAGCGCGCCGAGAUACCCCUCGGGAGGUUGCUAACGGCCGGCUAA